AUGGUUGCAUACUUAAAAAGGGUAAAAGGCUACCUAGAGCAAUUGGAGUGGUAUAGCAUAGAGCAAAUCCCAAGAGAGAGGAAUAUCCAUGCCGAUGCCCUCGCAAAGCUAGCUUCGACAAAGGAUGGAGAUAUCCUCGAGUCCAUACUUGUGGAGUACUUAUCCAAGCCAAGCAUCAUUGAAGUAGAGGUUCAUAUGAUCAACACCAAAAAAGGAUCGUGGGUGGACCCAAUUAUGAGCGCCCUGAAGGAUGGAGCUCUACCAACAGAGAAGGGAGAAGCUCGGAGGCUGGUGUAUAAAGCUGCCCGGUACACCUUAGUAGAUGGAGUCUUGUACAAGAGAGGGUUUUCUAUGCCACUCUUGCGAUGUGUUGAUGAAGAGGAGGCAAUGGAAGUUUUGUAUGAAAUACAUGAGGACGAAUGCGGCAACCAUGCGAGUGGGCCAUCCACGGCCAGGAAAGCAACGAGGCAAGGGUACUACUGGCCCUCUAUGGAGAAGGAUGCAAGUGACUUCACGAGAAAAUGUGACAAAUGUCAAAGACACACAAACUACUCCCGAAAGCCCUUAAAUGAGCUAACUAGCCUAACCAUCCCUUGGCCUUUUGCUAUUUGA